GCUAUUGAUUUUAAAGAUAGAUAUCUUAUUCCGAAUUCACCGGAAAUAGAAAUCUCCAAUAUGGCUGACGUGGAAUCGGUUGAUUUCCUAAAAAAUCAAGAGGGUCUGAAUGAUGUUCCGCUGGAGGGGGAAAUUCUGUCCCCUAAUGCAGGUAUAGAAGGUGAAGAACAGGAAUUUAAUACAUUGGACGAACCAGUCAGAGAAACCAUAAUGAGAGAUUUAAAAGCAAUAGGAAUCAAAUUCUGGCAUGUACUGUAUCCCAAACAAAGCAAAGCACUUUUAAAAGAAUGGGAUCUUUGGGGUCCAUUAAUUCUGUGUGUGUUCAUGGCAAUAAUGUUACAAGGAUCAUCUCCAGACAGUAGCAAUAGUAACAAUAAAGACAAGGGUGAUGGCGGGCCACAGUUUGCUGAAGUUUUUGUCAUCUUUUGGGUGGGUGCUGUUGUUGUCACCCUCAACACAAAACUACUCGGAGGAAACAUCUCAUUUUUUCAGAGUAUCUGUGUGCUGGGGUAUUGUGUUUGUCCGUUAACGGUGGCUCUCAUCGUGUGCCGAAUUAUUCUCAUAGCCACCCAAUCAACGCUUCUGUUCAUCAUCAGAUUUGUGAUUGUCAUAGCAGCAUUUGGAUGGUCCACAUUCGCUUCCACAGCCUUCCUAGCAGACAGCCAGCCAUCACAUCGAAAAGCACUAGCGAUUUAUCCUAUAUUCUUAUUUUAUUUUGUGAUUAGUUGGUUAAUUAUUUCACACACACAUACAUCUUAACACAAAGUCCAAAGAAAUCCUGUUAUAUAAUGAUGCAGUGUAAAUAAUAUUUAUUAUGAGAUUGUGUUUUAUUUAUUGUGAUAUUUUUCAUUGUAACCGUGUUUAUAAAAGCAAACAAGAAUUUUGUAUUAAAAUUAUUAUUUAA